UUUGGGCAGCCCCUGGCAGCCCUCUGUGGGGAGGACAACACGCUGCCUCGGCCCAUCCAGGAGCUGCUGGCUGUCCUGCGCCAGCAAGGACCAGCAACGGAGGGGAUAUUCCGCAGAGCUGCCGGUGGGACAGAACUUCGGCAGCUGCGCGAGGCCCUGGACCGCGGCAAGGACAUCGACGUAGGAAGCCAGCCUGCGCUGCUGCUGGCCGUCAUCUUGAAGGACUUCCUGCGAAGCAUCCCCACCAAGCUCCUCGUCGUCGACCUCUACGAGGACUGGAUGGCAGCCAUGGAGAGGGCCAGCAAGCAGGCCAAGGUGGAGGAGCUGAAAGCGGUGGCUGACAAGUUGCCUGCGGCCAACCUCCUCCUCCUGAAGCGGCUGAUGGCCCUGCUGCAGCACAUCGGCCACAACGCAGCCACCAGCAGAAUGAGCUGCAGCAACCUGGCCAUCUGCGUCGGGCCCAACCUG